CACAAGAGGCUUACUUGCGUUUGUUGUGACAUUCCAAACAAAGCUGUUCCUCUGGAUCUCAUUGCUUGCUUUGAGACUCGCACCCAAGUGUCCGCGCAUAGGAUUGCAGCUUGAGUUGCAGUAUUUCAUCUUCACGAUAAUCCCAUGAGGUGUAAAAUGAUCAUACCAGUGAGAUGCUUCACUUGCGGCAAAAUCGUUGGAAACAAAUGGGAGGCAUAUCUUGGUCUUCUGCAAGCUGAGUAUACAGAAGGUGAUGCUUUGGAUGCUCUGGGUCUGAAGAGAUAUUGCUGUCGGCGAAUGCUGCUUGCCCACGUGGAUCUGAUUGAGAAGCUCCUGAAUUAUGCCCCUCUGGAGAAAUAAAUAGCAGAAAGAAUGUGUUAUACUACAUACAUAUGGACCAGCGUGCUGCUAGAACUCCUCAAACUAAGCUGCAGGGGGUUACAAAUGCAGAUCAUCAUGUCCAGUGAAGGAUUUCACUCUCUGGGCAUGCUAUAGGCCCUAGCCACUAACCUCUUGAAAAGAAAUUACUGAAAGAUGAAAUCCACUUACACACAGUUGGGGACUGUAGAUUUAAUUAAAACAGGGAUGGAAGUUCAUCAGAAUCUCAUGGGUUGUGGAGAAUUGUGAUUUUUUUAAAAAACUGUACUUUGUGCUACUGGCAGCAGUUUUAAUAAAGGUUGUCGUUAUAGCCACA